AUGGAAGAAAUGGGUUCAAAACUUAACAGUCAUUCCGGUUACUAUUGGUUCUCAUUUGCAGACGCCACUUCACUAUCAAGUGCGUUCACGAAAGAAGAGAUAAAUAAACAAUUUCCCCGGAGCGAUAAGGAUCCGGCUACAUGCCUUCACAACACUGGAACCAGAACAACCCCUGAUUUGCUCCUGGUUUCAAGCGAUAUCUGCGAGCUUGCAAGCGACAUCAACGAUCCUGGUUCUGGUCACAAACCAGUCAUUGCUAGUGGUUUCCUCUUGGCUUCAAGCGACAUCAGUGAGCAUACUCGCGACUUGCUCCUGGCUUCAAGCGACAUCAGUGAGCAUACACGCCGUAUUUCCUCUUGGCUUCAAGCGACAUCAGCGAGCAUACACGCCGCACUUGACGAUCCUGGUUCUGGUCACAAACCAGUCAUUACUAGAAUUACCAUGAGCAACAAAUGCAUGACACCCAAAAUGCCAACCAAGCUAUCAUGGAACUUCAAGAAGGCCGACUGGUCUAGAUUCACAAAUCUUUUAGAGAACGAAUUUCACGCAAGCCUCAUCAACUACAACCACCAUCCUGACAAACUGUGCAACAAUAUUACCAAUGUUAUAAUCAGAUGUGCAAAGAAAUUUAUUCCUCGUUAUAUACAGCGUUCUGCUGAAUAA